CCCCUUGGACGAGGGCACAGCUGUGGUGGGCUUCGAGGCGGCCGUGUCCCGGCGCACCGUGACAGUGCAGAUCAAAGACAAAGCCAAGAUGGAUGACACCUACUUCAACAGCUGCAGCCUCCCCCCUGGAAGAGCUGGAAGGCUUAUGAUGGAUGAGGACCUGGAGAGGAUUGUUUUUGUGGCCAACCUGGGCAUGAUUCCUCCCCUGGAAAGUGUCUCCAUCUUCAUCAGCACCUCUUCUGAGCUGCAGACACUGCCCAGCGGGGUGGUGAGGGUCCUUCUGCCAGCUGUGUGUGUCCCCAGGGUCCCCCAGCCCAGCCUGGAGAAUGCCAGCAGCUUUUCCAGCCACCAGCUCCAAAUGGACAAGCACCCCUGCGGAUUGGGGAGCCCAGAGCAAGGGAGCAGGUUCUGCCUGGCUCAGCUGCUGGACAGUGAGCCCACCAACCCCUUUGAGUAUGAAUUCAGCUUCCACCUGGAGAUCCGGGGGCCAUGUUUGCUGGCAGGAGUUGAGAGCCCCACACACGAGAUCCGAGCAGAUGCUGACCCCUCAGCUCGCUCUGCCCAGAGCAUCGUGAUCACACUGGCCAACAAACACACCUUCGACAGACCCGUGGAGAUCCUGAUCCACCCAAGUGAGCCCCACAUGCCCCACGUCCUAAUGGAAGAGGGUGACAUGACCCCUGCAGAGUACGAGCGACACCUGAAGGGGAAGAACGAUUUCAUUAAAGGCACUAAGAAAGACCCCAGUGCCAAGAAAAAGACGGAAAUCAUCAGGAAGAGGCUGAACAAGGACAUCCCCCACCACCCUGUCAUCAUGCUCAACUUCUGCCCUGACUUGAGGACUGUGCAGCCAGGCCUCCGGACAGCCCAGGGCGAGUUCAUCUUCCUGGUGGACCGCAGCAGGAGCAUGAGUGCUGUGAGCAUCAGCCGUGCCAAGGAUGCCCUGUUGGUCAUUCUCAAGAGCCUGAUGCCAUCGUGUCUCUUCAAUAUCAUCGGGUUUGGAUCCACCUUCAAGACCCUCUUUCCUGUCAGCCAGGCCUACUGUGAGGAGAGCCUGCUCAUCGCCUGCCAGAGCAUCAGGAGGAUCCGGGCUGACAUGGGCAGCACCAACCUCCUGUCCCCCCUGAGGUGGCUCCUCCGCCAGCCCCUCCACAGGGGCCACCCCCGGCUGCUCUUUGUGCUGGCAGCCGGGGCCAUCAGCAACACGGGGAAGGUUCUGGAGCUGCUGCGGGACCACUCCUGCUCCACCAGGUGCUACAGCUUCGGCCUCGGGCCAAACGCCUGCAGGAGGCUGGUGCGGGGUCUGGCUGCCGUGUCCAGGGGCGUCUCCGAGUUCCUGGAGGAGGGCGAGAGGCUGCAGCCCAAGAUGAUCAGGUCACUGAAGAAGGCGAUGGCACCGGUCCUGAGUGAUGUAUCCGUGGAGUGGGUCUUUCCUGAGAGCACUGAGGUCCUGGUGUCCCCUGUCAGCAGCAGCUGCCUGUUCCCUGGUGACCGCCUGGUCAGCUACAGUGUCAUCUGUGACACCUCCCUGUACCUGUCCAACCCCAGAGCUGACAAGAGGCGGCAGUACAGCACGAUGCAUUCCCAGGAGUCGGGCAGCUCUGUUUUCUUCCACUCCCAGGAGGAGGGAGCAGGCUUGGAGAGCUGGAACCACUCCAGAGACUCGGAGGGGUCCUGCCCCACCGAGCGCUCCCCCGAGCACCUGGGCGUGGGCAGAGACCCCGGGGGAGAGUCGGACACGGACACAGGAAUGGAUGUGAAGGCUCUGUCCAGGAGACGGGCGUACAGCACCACCCACGUCUCCGAGCACGAGCCCCGCAGGAAGGUGCCCACGGCCAGCGACCCUGGCACUGCCCUGGUGAGGAACCCCCUCAGGAAAACCCACCUGCAGGACCUGCAGCAGCUCAGCCCCGAGCCCUGGCAGGUGGAUUUCCAGCCCCUCCCGGCCGUCCCGCCCGGCUCUGCCGGCAGGAUCCGCGGCUCGGGCGCCCGGCGCCCCGCCCUGCUCCAGCACAGCUGCGUGUCCUUCUGCCACGGCGCCACUGCCCCGGACGGGCUGCAGGAAGCCAUCAGGAGCCUGCACUCCUCAUCGGACAGCCGGAGCCCCGGGGAUGUGGAGGCUGCCCAGCAUCCAUCCCUCACCUGUGAGACAGAGACCUCCUCCGACUGGGAGCCGCAGGACCUGGAUAUGGGCGCUGCCUGCGGCUCCCCGCGCUCCCCCAGGGCCCUCUGCAGGGCACUGGUGAAGGGGCUGAGGAACAACGAGCCUGUGCAGUGGGAAGUCACGUUUGACAUCCACCCUCUGUUCCGGGAGCGGGAGAGCCACGAGGAUGCUGACACAGACCUGUGGAGUGAGACCUUCCACCACCUGGCAGCCAAGGCACUCAUCCAGGACCUGGAGCAGCUCGCUGAGAGGGAGUGUGAAAUCGAGCAUGGGUCUGGGCGCCGGUUCCAGCUCAGCGCUGUCCACACCAGCAAGGCCUGUAACAUCAUCAGCAAGUACACAGCCUUCGUGCCUGUGGACCUGAGCACCAGCUCCUACCUGCCCACCCUGGUCCAGUACACCCACACAGGGGCAGCAUCCAAGCAAGGCAACCAGAGGAAACAGAAGAGUUCAGGACACAGAAGGCAUCGUGGCUGUUCCCCGGGACAUCCUCAGUCAGCAUGUGGCCAGAAUGGAGACUAUGGAUCGAACAGCAUGAAUGCUGAGGAGAGGAGCCCCUCACCCUCCAGCACCCCAUCUUUGUCUGCCUGGGAGCGCUGCCGUGGCCCUGAAGGGCCUCUCCACAGCCUGUCUGCUUCCUCUGCACAAGCCCAAAAAUCCAUUGAGAGGCUCUUUGCUGCCAGGCUGACCCUCAACAAAACCAUGCUUCUGGUUCGAGCUGCCAAGGGCUUCAUGGGUAAAUCUCCAAGCAGAGGGAGCAAAGCCAGCUCUGGGGGUGACAGUGAGAGCAUGGACUACCUUCCCCUGGUGUCCCUGCAGCUGGCCUGUGGUGCCUUCCUUCUGAAUUCAGCCUUCUGCGACGCCGUCAACAUCCCCAUGGAGAAGCUGAAGUGGACAUCACCCUUCGCUUGCCACCGCCUGUCCCUCAGCCCCUCCGGCUCCUACAGCAGCCAGAGGAGCAGCUCCUCCUCCUCGGAGCCCAAAGCCCUGAACUGCCCCCGGCAGCUGCCGGUCCCCAGCGGGCAGGGGAAGGGCCCCACCGCCGCAGACCCGGCUGGGGGAGCAGUGCUGAGCGCGGGCCGCCCUCGGCACCUGUCGGGCAGCGCUGCCGAGAGCAUCUCCAGGGCGCUGAGAGCCGAGCGGGAGCAGGAGCUGCGCCCCCCGGCCAUCACCAUCCGCAGCUUCUCCUCCCCCGCCCACAGCCGCGCCUGGGACACCGAGGGCGGCCCCGAGCUGCAGGCUGUGCUCUCAGACGAGUUCCAGGCUGUGCUCUCAGACGUGGAGCUGCAGCAGCAGACGGAGCCCGAGGGGAUGCUCUGGGCCACGGCGGUGGCCCUGGCCUGGCUGGAGCACAGCUCAGCCUCCUACUUCAUCGAGUGGGAGCUGGUGGCUGCCAAAGCCAGCCUGUGGCUGAGCAGGCAGGACUUCCCCGGGGGAUCCAGCCUGGCCGCGGUGAAAGCUGCAGCCCAGCAGCUCUUUGUGCUGCUCCGGCACUGGGAUGAGAACCUGGAGUUCAACCUGCUGUGCUACAACCCAGGCAGUGUGUAAGAGGAGGAGGAGGGAGGCUUGGGCAGAUUACUGAGGGCACAGGAGCAGGGAUCUAUCCUUAAGGAAAUGCCUCCAAGGAGCUCAGCUCCUCUGCUGCAGGGAUGUGUGUGUUUAUUAGAGCAAUCCCUGCACACACAGCAGCCUGGGCUAAACCCUGCACUCAGCAGUCAGGAUUUUGCCCUGGAAGGGAACCCACCACUGCCUGCAGUAGAUGCUUUUUAUUUUCAACUAGAUCAGCACUUCCAGCUAUAGCAGUUCCCUCUGAUUCUGGUUUCUUCUGGUCCAAGCCCAGUUUCCAGGGCAGAUCUUGUGGCCUGCUCCACUUUCCCUGUCCUUGCUUAGAUGCCUCUUCCCAGCUCUGAAUCACUGCCAAGCCCCCACUGCAGCCCUUCAGCCCCAAAUCCCUACUUUCCUGAGGCUCCUGCCUGGCUCCUGCCAUCUCAUGUGGCUUUCAGAGAAGGCAAAGGUCUGACAACAUGCUCAUCUCAUGGAUAAAAGGGAAUCUGGGCUGGGGAUGAGCAUGUGAAGAGCAGCCCCGCUGUCACAGCCAGGAGGAUCGAGCCCAGCCAGGCCAGUUGGAGGCUGGGACCAAACCCCAUCCCAUCCACACAGUGCUGGGCUCCUUCAGGCUCUCUGCAAUCCCAGCAGGAGUUUGUGAGGUCCCUUGCAGCCAACGUGUGCCUUUGGAGCUUCACAGGCAGAGCCAGGGUGCCCGGGAUUGAAGGAUCAAGUGCCUCCAGGGGGAGUUGUGUGCCACUGUCUGCCGUGGAGCCCGCCUGGAACCCACUGCCUUCUGCUCCCUCCCUUGGCGUGUAGCAGCCUUGCCUGUCCCAGCAGGCUUCUGUCUGGUGUCUGUGUGUCUGGGGGUGACACAGGAGGGAAACCUGAGCUGGACACCAUGAGCACCCCUGUGGUG